GUCACUAUGACGUUCUCGAAAGCGACCAGGCUCUUCUCGCGCUGGAGCAAUUCCGGUAAAAGCUCCUCCUCCUCGUGUGAUUCACGUGCGGUUAGCUCAGCGACUGCGCGGAAGAGCCUGGCUUGCGAGGCUAGCAGUGGCAUAGCAGAAGUGCGCGUUGAUAUAAAUAUGCACCUGUCGGCUUACUAGUAGGGUGUCUAAUUUAUGGCUUUGUUGUCUUUUACCAAAAACAAACAGAUAAACUGGACGUUCGCCAGUGACUAAUUAAAUUAGAGCAGUCAACUGAUUCGUCAGUCACGUUUCUUUGCUGUUUGCUUGCUCAGUUGCGAAAUGAUUAAGCUAUUUCAGAGAGGAAGCUCACACAGCAAGACAUUGUCUGGUCAUCUAGUGUCGACCAGGACCUUAUCAGAGUUCAAGAAAGCGAUCAAAAAGGAGAAAGUUGACAUCAAACGAGUAGAUAACGACAACACGUCUCUUCUCCACUGGUUUUGCUCGUCAGGAAGGCAAGAUAUUGUUGAUUAUCUCCUUCAAGUGGGCGUACCAAUCACUACAAACAAAACCAAUCACCAGACUCCAUUACAUUGUGCAGUCGAUUGCAAUGACAAGGUGGAGGACACGUGGAGAGAGAAUAUUGUACGGUCGCUGAUUGCUGCUGGAGUAGAAGUGGAUCAACAAGAUGUGAAUGGUUGGACAGCUUUAAAGCUCGCCUGUCGUUCUGGAUUGUGUCAAUGUGUGUACAGUUUGCUCAGCAAUAGAGCAGAUGCUGGAAAUAUACGUGAUCACGAUGGCAAUAUUGCUCUGCAUGAUGCUGUUAAUCAUUCAAGUAUAACAAAACUUAUCAUUCCUUAUGUUGAUGACAUGAAUGUGAUGAAUUAUGAACACAAUACUCCACUCUUAUUAGCAGUGAGUAGUGAGUCUAAGGAAAGAGAACAGACUGUACGUUAUCUUGUUCAUGCUGGAGCUGAUGUGAACAAGGAAGAUGCUUAUGGUCGAUUUCCGUUGUGGUUGGCUGCCGAUAAUAAAGAUAUCAGCAUCAUUCAAAUUCUUUUAGAUGGUCAAGCUGAUGUGAACAAAGUUGAGCCAAAAGAGAAAACUACAGCUCUCCAUUGUGCAGUAAUCAAUAAAACAUGGCCUGUUUGUGUGCUGUUGGUGAGUUAUGGGGCAGACAUUGAUCUUCCUGAUGCAAAAGGAAUGACAGCUCUUGACUAUGCAAAUGAAUUUUAUCCUGAAAUAGCAGAUCAAUUGAAAGCUAAAUCUGCACGCAAUAAAUCAAAACAAACAACUAAAGUGGUAGCAGCUGUGUUUAAACAACUUGAUGGAGGGCAACUUGAUCAGCUGGAGCAGCUACUAGAAAAUCUUCCACAUGUCAACUGGCAACUCAAAGGCUAUAGUAUUCUACACAAGGCAGUCAUUCAUUAUCGAUUUGAUGCUGUUGUGUUGCUUCAACAGAAGGGAGCUAAUCUAAAUGUUCAAACAGCUAAUGGCAAUACUCCAUUGCAUUUAACUUGCCAAACGACAGACAGACAAAAAGACACAUUACGAAUAUUGAGAUUUUUGAUAAGCAGUCAUGUUCAGGUGGAUAUCAGGAAUUUGUCUGGAGAAACAGCACUCUUCCUGGCUGCAAAAGCUGGGUUUGUUGAUCACGUUUGCUGUCUUCUCUAUGCUGGAGCUGAUGCUCGUCAAGCGAACAGUCGAGGUCUCUUGCCAUUACACAUUGCAUGCUCAAAGUCAGAGACAGUAGAGUGUAUUCACUAUUUGUUGGACUGUGCUCGUGACACGGUGAAUGUGCCAGAUGAUGAUGGAUGGACAUCACUUAUGUAUGUAGUGAAGACUGGACGUGCUGAUGUGGUGCGGUCUCUACUGGAUUCAGGAGCUGACGUCAACAUUCAGGAGACAAGCAAGGGUUACACUGCUCUGUAUCUUGCUGUUGUGGUCAAGUCAUUGGAAAUUUGUCGGUUGUUAGUGGAUUUUGGUGCAAGACUGGAUGUGACUUGUAGUUCCAGAUGUAUUACACCAUUUUGCAGAGCAGCGAUGGACAAUCUUAUUGACAUUUGUAAAUUUUUUGCUGCAAAAGGUGCUGACAUAUGGCAGAGAGAUGCUUAUGGAAACUCUCCAUUGGAUCUAAUGGAAUCUCCCAGAUUAUGGAGACAAAUUGAAGGUCUACAUGUUUUAAGAGGAUCAAGUUAUCCAGUUUGUGAUGGACCUGCACAAUCAAGAAAUGAGUUUCCGUGUGUGAAUCAUUUUACGAACAAUUUAGACGAGCCUACAUCUACAGUUUCAACUUUAAAACAUCAAAGGACUACUUCCAUUGCUUCUAGUUCAGAACUUGAUAAUGUUCAACAUCAAGUGCUUCCUUUGCAAAAGACACCAGAAGCAGUGCAGAGUCAUUUGUCACAGAGUACAGCAGCGCAGUUUGAGAAGGAACGCAAACAACUGUAUUGCACCAUAGCUGCAAGUCGACGUGAGAGAGAUGAAGCAAAAAGAAUGUGUGAUGAAAAGAUGGCAGAGAUUAGUCAACUCUCAGAUGAGAUUCAGAUUUUAACGACCAAGAACAAAGAAAUGCAAGAAAGUUUUCAACAGACAGUUGAUCAAAAACAGAAAGAAAUUAAUAAUUUAAAGGAAGAGAAAAUUGACCUUCAACUUGAACUGGCUCAAAGACAACAAGAGAAUGAGACUGUAAACCAGCAGUUGGUUAUGCAGGAACAAUACAUUGCAUUUCUACAGGAAGAUAAAGAAAAUUUUCAACAGCAAAACCAACAUUGUAGUAGUGCAUUAGAGCAAGCUCAACAAAACCUUGAACAUCAGGACACUCCCCUAACCAUUUCUGCAGAAGAUUUGAAAAUUGCUGAAGAUCAACUUUGUGGAGGAGCAUGUGGAGAAGUGCAAGUUGCCAAGUGGCAGGGAGAUGAUGUAACAGUGACAAUUUUUCAUGUGUAACAGAAGUAGGUUGUAUAUUGGUAAUAAAUAAAUGGCGCAUGAGUCUCUGUUGAG